AUGAAGUUGAUUUUGCAAAUAAUAAUCAUUGUUAUUGUUUUGGUAAGUUGUAAAAUUCUUGUUCAAAAGAUCUUGUACUGUAGCUAUGAUUACUGACACUUAUUUUUAUUUGUUCAUGUAUUGAUGAGUCUAUGUUUCUGAUAUGUUGUUUAGGUAAUAGACCAUGUACAACCAAAACCAACAUUCGACACAGAAUUAACGCGUAUGUAUAUUUAUAACACCUUAUUAUUAUAAUUAAUUAAUAAAUUUCAGUUAUGGAAGACGGCUGGCCGAAUCCUAAAAAAGCAUUUUUUUUAUAUAAAAGCUGCCAAAUAACUGGCAUUUUUUAGUACAGAUAAUAGUGAAGAAGACCAUAAACGUUGCAACUCUGAUUUUAGCUUUAGGGGUUGUUUGCAUGCAGCACGACCCGGCUGGCCGGGCUGGCCCAAUUAACCAGGCAAAAACUUUAUCAAGCCAAAUAUGGCGGGAAAAAGUUGUUUAUACUUGUUUUUACCGUAACGUACGUUUGUCACGCAAGGCAAAUGCACGUUUUAUAGAGCUAAUUUUCGAUUUAUUAACAAUCUAAUAGACAAGAACAACUGACAAUAAUUCAUAUCGAUAAUGUAGCUUGUACAGAAUUCUCUCGCUAGCACGGUUAAGUGUGAUCUCGGCUGGGCUUGCCCGGUUUACAUGUAAAACUAAAAUUGUUUUGUUAAGGGAUUUGUAUUAAGCCGGGUGCAUCUACUUUUCUUUUCGCCAUAAGCAACUGAGAAGAAAAGGGAGGGAACAACUUGUCAGUUGUCAGUAACGAGUUGCAGUAUUUUGUAAUUACCUGUAUAUUACUAUAUUAUUAGAUGUUAGUAAUUAGACCUAUACACGUGUUUAGUUAUGUUAUAUAUUAUAAGGACAAGAGGAUUUGACCUUAUGUUAUUAUUUAUUACUGGAUUAAAAUAAGAGACUCUCGCGAAUAAAUAAAUCUCUUUCCGAGGUAUCUGAAGAAAGAAUUUUGAAAUCAGACGUAGAAAUGUGCUGUUUAAUAAAGUGAGUAUAUCACAUCGAAAAGAAAGAAACUCUAGAGGCGGAAAAAAGGACGGAAGACCACACGCACAGAAAAAUACAGAUAAGCCGAAGAGAGUAUUUUUGUCUUCCUUACACUGCAUGGUCAGCAUGCAUGUUUGCAAAUUUGCUCACAACUUCAUAAAAUACUCUCUCUAUACGUAUUCGUGAGAGCCUUUUGAUAUCCAAAAUUAAUCCAGUACUAUAAAUACUAAUAUUAUGUCAACUCCGCUUGACCUAUUUUAAUAACAUAAGUACACAUGUAUGUAUAUUGUUCUAAUUACUAACACUUAAUGUUAAUAAUAGGUAAUUAACUUGUAAUGCUUUUUGUUUGUAGAAACACAUGCACGCAAAUUUAUUGCUGCAAAGCUUUCGAUCCAUAUAUAUGCCCCAAGGAUCUUAAUCAUUUUUAAUAAUAUUUAGCUUAUUAUACAAAUUAUUAGCACUGAUAAAGAUUCGGGCUUACGGAUCGAAAGCUUUGCAGUAAUAAAUUUGCGUGGUGUUCCAACAAACAAAAAGUAUUAUAUAUUUUAUCACAUUGCAAUCCUACAACUAAGCUAGAACUUAUUAGGUAAUUACUCAACAUGUUACUAACAACUGUCACGUUGUUUCUUCCUCUCUCUUCUCACUCGCCUAUUUGAAUGAAACAAAAUAAGGAUUUAAAAGACCCAACCAUGAACAACUGCUUUUGUGACUAGAAAUACGAACUAGCUAAGAACCAACUCAGCAUGAUUUCUAAAUAAAAUUAUCGUACCCAUUAUGUAGAACCACUUUAGCCAUAGAAAGUACAAUGAAAAGUUUCUCGUUUGUAAAACGAAACUAUUUGCCAAACUUCUUAUAUAAUUCGCAAUUUUUAUGAAGAGUGUUUACUGAGACAACCAAAUCUAUUUGUUUCCUAGUGACAAACAGCCCAUGUGGCUAUACGUUAUGCCCAUUUAAUACGAGAUGUAUUGCAGUGGAUGGUGCAGCAAGAUGCGAACCUGUCCUAGAUCUUGAUCCAAUAUGUUCCAACGUGGAAUGCAAUUUAGACCAAAAAUGUGCUCUACUUGAUGGAAAAGCGACAUGUCAACAAGCGUGCUCAUAUGAUCGUGACUGCCAGCUUAAGCUGGUGGGUUCUUCUUGUGAUACGUUGUUAGGAAUUUGUAAAUAA